GUGUGUAUACACACACAUAUAAAAUAUAUAAAAUGACGAAUUGCGUUCGUGUAAGGUGAGCUCGACUCACAACAUUGGCGAGGCACGAACGGUGGAAACAGCGGCGAGAAGGCUCGGACUCGGAAGCUGCAAUUUUGGUGAUUAAAACAUGAAGUACUAUGAAGAAGCUCAGGUGUCGGAUGACAAACGUCCUUGUGCAGGCAUCAGGGAAGAUCUAAAGGCCUGUCUAUUAGCCACAGAGUGUGUUCGGGUGCAUAGGAAGACUCCAAGAGAAUGUCUUCUGACUAAUGACCCUUCUGUGCCACAAGAAUGCUUUGCGCUUAGAACUACUUUCUUUGAAUGUAAACGAUCACUGCUGGAUACCCGUCAGAGAUUUAGAGGACGUAAAGGCUACUAACUGUCCCAUCACGAUUUGUAUAAAUAUUUCAUGUGUAAAUAGAUAUUUCUUAGUUUUUGUAUAAGCUACCAGUUCUUAGCAUCCUCCUAAAGAGUUUGUACAAAUUCCUGAUGCUCAUCUAAAUUAAAACAUGAUGGAGAAGGAUAGUUGGUAAAUAACAGCUAACAAUAUCAUGAAUGGUUUUAUCAUUUUAUAUGUUAUGUGAUAGUACCAACAAACAGCCCAGUACUAGGUGAGGAAGUCAUCAUUUAGUUGUUUUUAUGAAACGGUACUUUGAAAUUAGUGUUUGGGGCCUGAAUAGUAUCUUCUUGUUUAAAGACUUGAGUGUUAUGUAUGUGAUAUAUUUUUUUUUUCAAACAAAGCUUUAGUGUAAUUUCAAGAUGAGAGAAAACAUGUAUUUACAUUGAUGUAGGUCAUAAUUUGUGUAUUUAAGUUAUCAAUAAAUAAGAUGUCUUGUAAAUCUACUGAA